AUGGUGAGCCCCCGACACGGACCCACAGACUCGAGCUUGUGUGCGGCGAAGGCCCCGCAAGGCCCCCAGCCCCCUCCUCCGAGGAUUCAGGAGCCCGGGUCCCCAGCCCCCUCUUCCUCCAAGAACCCAGAAACCCAGGCCGCCGCGGCCUCCUCCUUCUGGGACCCCGGGUCCGGGCCCCACUGCCCUCCCCACCCCCCGCCCCACCCCCAGCCCGCUUUCCGCAGACUCACGGCUCCGCCGCUCCCGCGUCGGAGGGCAGGGGCUCCCCGGCCAGCCCCCAGGCCGCGCCGAGCCGGGCCCGCCGCCGCCGCCGCCCGCUCUCCAUCCUCUCCCCGCCUCCGUCGCCCGACGGCCUCUCCCCUUCCUCCCGGCGGCCCCGCCAUCCUCCUUCCCUCCUCCCGACUCCCUCCGGUCCGCGUCUACGCCCGGGACCCCGCGGGCCGGCCCCCUCCCCGGGCGCCCCCGCCCCGGCCCCUCCCCGCCGCCGGCCGGGCCCGGCCUGCCUCCCCCGGCCCCGGAGCUGGCCCCGGUCCAGGGGAAAAAAUUCCAUCCAGCCCCGGGGAGGAGGCGCGGGCGGGGGAGGGAGCGCGCGGGGAGGCCGGCCGGGAGCCCUCCUUCCCCUCCCUCCGCUUCGCCGCCACCCGCCCCCCGCCCCCCGCACUGGGGCCCCAAAGGUGA